AAAAAGCAUAAAAAGCGACCCCGAUGUGUGAGCUCACACAGCUGCUCUCUAGCCUAUAUAAACAGCAACAUGUGGAGCAGACGCGCUCAAGUUUCCAGUCGGAACAAAGCAGCGCGAGCGCGAGGCCAAGCAUGACGCGUGGAUUAUUACCGUGGUUAUUAUUAUGAGUGGCCAUGGCGUGGUGUGACCGUGGGAUUCAGAUGCUGCUGGCCACAAUCGGGGCUUUCGUGGCGUUUGGUUUGAUGAGCAUCGCGAUCGGGACCGACUACUGGCUUUAUUCCCGGGCAUAUAUCUGUAACGCCACCAACAUCAGCGCGGACGAGGCGCAGACGCAACCCAAGAAGGUCCGCGGAGAUCUCACGCACUCCGGACUCUGGAGGAUCUGCUGCAUAGAGGGUCUCAACAAAGGAAGUUGUUACCGAAUCAAUCAUUUCCCAGAUGACAAUGAUUAUGACACUGACAGCUCUGAAUAUCUCUUACGUGUUGUGCGCGCCUCAAGUGUGUUCCCCAUCCUCAGUACCAUUCUGCUGUUGCUGGGGGCGCUGUGUGUCGGUGUAGGACGCAUCUACAGCAAGAGGAACAACAUAUUACUCAGCGCAGGGAUACUAUUUGUGGCAGCAGGUUUGAGCAACAUCAUCGGUAUAAUCGUCUACAUCUCCAGCAAUGCUGGUGACCCCAGUGACAAACGAGACGAAGACAAGAAGAACCAGUACAACUAUGGUUGGUCGUUCUACUUCGGAGCACUCUCUUUCAUUGUUGCUGAGGCGGUGGCUGUUAUGGCUGUCAGUAUCUACAUUGAGAAGAACAAAGAAGUGCGGUUCAAAGCACGCCGUGAGUUCAUCAAGUCUACCUCGUCCUCUUCGCCGUAUUCUCGCAUACCCAGCUUUCGCUACCGUCGACGGCACUCGCACUCCAGCUCUCGCUCAAUGGAAGCAUCCCGUGAGGCGUCACCAGUGGGUAUGAAGAUGAUGAGCUCGGUUCCCGUAGGAGAGAUCAACAUGUACACAUUGACAAGAGACCCUCUCAAGUCAGGGACGGACAGCUCCUAUAGCCCAGAGCACGAUUCAGGAUUCCUCCAAGUGCACAACUGCUUUACCAAAGACCUUAAUGAUGGUAUCAACAGGAGGACAACACCUGUAUGAGGUUACACACUGGAACGGAAGAGAUAAAAGUUAAGGCCAUACUGAAUGGAUAGCCAUCAGGGCUCAGUGGCCUGUGGCAGAUGCCAGUGGAAGGGAAUCUUAUUGGUGAAGCCAGUCAACCAAUGACGGUGAAGAAGAAGCACUGUGUUAAGAGGGAAAGAUUUCAUCUCGACAUUCAACAACCAUUGCGAACACGCUAAUUUGUUUUUCUUCUUGUGUUGCUUCUUACAUAUACACAGGAACUCUCAGAGAGACCCAUCUCUCAUCAAAGGGCAAGACAUACAAAUGUAAAAUGAAUGGUCUUUGGCAGUGCUUCAGAUAUUAAGGACUUUGAGUAAGCCAGUCCAU